AUGAACUCUUCUGACGGAUCUGGAGACAAUGAACUUUUGCGAGAAAAUCCGCCGAAAAACACGACAUUUUUAAUUAUUCUGACAAUUACUGCAGCUAUUGGAGGUUUUUUGUUUGGAUAUGACACCGGAAUUAUUGGAGGAGCUAAUCUUUAUAUUUAUGAUGACUUGGGUUAUAAAACUCCUGUCGUCCUAGAAACAGUUGUCAGCCUAGCAGUUAUUGGCGCAAUGUUCGGUGCCUUAGCAGCUGGGCCUUUAUCUGACAUAAAAGGGCGUAAACCUACCAUAAUUGCUGCAGACUGUGCAUUUGUAACAGGAUCCAUUCUGAUGGCCAGCGCUCCUAAUAUAUGGGUGCUUAUGCUAGGACGCUUCAUAGUCGGCUUAGGUGUUGGUUCUGCAGCCAUGGUGGUCCCUAUAUAUCUAGCAGAGUCAGCUCCUCGGGAACUGAGAGGAACCAUUGUUAGUAUAAACGUAUUGUUUACAACUUCAGGCCAAUUAAUAGCAUACUGUGUCUGUCUCUCCUUAGAAGACCACUGGCGAUGAAUGCUCGGCAUCGGUGCAAUUCCAGCCAUAAUUCAAGUUAUUGGCAUGUUUUUUCUGCCAGAAAGUCCAAGAUUUCUUUACAAAGUCGGCAAGCUGGAACAAGGGCUAAAAGCAUUAUUACAUAUAAGGUACAGUUUAUUAUAUAGAAAAUAUGAAUAUAUUGAAGAAGAAGUAAAAGGGAUCAUGCAGUCAAUUAAAGAGGAAGGAAACCAUUCAUAUAAGCACCAGUUUAAGCUGCUUUAUAAAAACUGCAAAAGGUCUGCAAUGGUCGGAAUAGGACUCCAAUGUUUGCAGCAGCUAUGUGGAAUUAAUACAGCAAUGUAUUAUGGUCCCCAGAUCAUGCAAGUCGCAGGCUUUGACUCUUCUGGAAGAGAAGCGAUCAUUGCAAGUAUCCCAAUUGCAUUUGCUAAUAUGGUCGGAACGUUCAUAUCUGUAUGGUAUGUAGACAGGCUUGGCCGAAGAUCGACCCUUUUAUACACAAUUCCAUUUAUGGUAACUUUCUUAUUGUCACUUGGCGCAAGCUUUGUUUUUAUCACCUUUUUCAGUGUGGUUGAAUUUAUACAGUAUCUCGCAGUUUUUUCUUUGUUGGUCUAUAUUUUAUUUUUUUCUGUAGGCAUGGGGACUUGUCCGUGGAUCGUGAAUUCGGAAAUUUAUCCUCUGAAUUUAAGGAGUGCAGCGACAAGUGCGUCAACAACAGCGAACUGGGUCUCUAACUUUGUUGUGUCUAUGACUUUUGCGUCAGCAAUUUCUUUCGAUGCAGGAAGAGUUGGGAUAUGAAUCAUACUGGCAGGGUUUGGGGUCAUAAGCUGAUUUUGGGUGUAUAAGUUACUCCCUGAGACUAAAGGGAAAUCUUUGGAAGAAAUUUUGACAAUAUUUCAAACAGGAAAAGAACUGGAUUAA